AUGCUGAAUUAUGCACUUGAGCAUAGGAAAGCUGUCAACAAUGUUACACAACAUCGGGAUCUGGUUCUGCGUAAGUAUGAGUUGGCUGACCGUGAGCGGGAAAUAGUCAAACAGUUGCGAGAUAUUCUCAAGGAUGCAACUUUGUAUUUCUCUUGUGCGACCCCGAACCUGGCUACCAUGAUCCCUGCCAUGGAUCAUAUUGACCAGGAGCUCACAUCAUACUCGCACAACAAGAAAUAUUCUGCACUGAUUUGUGUGGCUGUUCGACUCGCAAAGAAAACUCUGAACCGUUACUACAAACUUACAGAUAGUUCAGAAGUUUAUCGCAUUGCUAUGGUUUUACAUCCGCGCCAUAAGCUAUCUUACUUCAAGGUUGCAUACUGGGAAGACCAAUGGAUCCAAACAGCACAGUCGCUUGUUCGCCACGAAUUCCAGCAUUCAUAC